AAACGGUUGAUUCAUCGUUUCAGUCAUGUUUCAAGCUAAAAUGUUUUUAUAUUUCAUAGAUUAGACGAUUGAUUUAUAGAGGAAAUAAUCGUCAGAUAAUGAAAAUAAUCAUUAGUUGCAACCUCGAAGCAAAGAGAGAAGUAAUUUGUACCUUUUCUGAUAUCAAACUAAGGUUUAAACAAACUUAAAUCUCACCAGUAUUCAGAUGGUUUUACGAACUGAGAUUUUUGCAUAUUGUCAAUCAAUAAGGUUUUGAUAUUUCUACAGAAUAGCAGGAGGGUUAUUUCUGCUUUAAACCAAAACUGUGACAAAAGCAAGUUGAAGGAAAUACAAACUGUUAACGCAAGUAAAUUCAUAGAUUUGACUGAUCGUUUCCGGGUGAAAGGCUGUAAUCUGGAGACGUUUGAUUUCACAAGCUAGUUCCGCCUUGUUAGCAUAUUAGCAUUAAGCUACCCUCUCUCUGGAAAGUAGUUGACUUGUGUAAUUUAUUCAGACCCUGACCGUUGUUUUCAACACGGACGUUUCUCGACAAAAGACGAAGCGCUUUUGAGAGUUUCAGAGAAGAAAGUGUAAGGGUGUCAGGUCUGGUCCAGGGUUGUUGAACGGUUAAUGCACAGAGUAAAGAGGCUGAAAAUUGAAGCUAAAGCAGAAGACGGCCGGGAAAGCAUCAAAGAGGAACAGGCAGGCAUGACGGGGGUUGACGAGCUCUCGGACAGCACAGAGGUGGUGGAGAUGGAGGACGUGAAUGCCACCCAUUUCCAGGUGGAGAAGCAUACAUGGGAUGGCCUGCGGAAGAUCAUCCACAACAGCCGCAAGAACACAGGCGUGGUUAUCAACAAGGCACCACAUGACUUCCAGUUCAUCCAAAAGGAUGAGACCAGCCCUCACUCCCACCGCAUCUAUUAUCUUGGAAUGCCUUACGCCAGCAGGGAGAAUGCAUUACUCUACUCAGACAUUCCCAAGAAGGUCCGCAAAGAUGCUCUCUUGGUUUUGUCAUGGAAACCGCUGCUGGGUCAUUUUAAGGCCAGCCCUCACCACGGGGGCUUCUCGCGGGAGGAGGAGCUGCUGCGAGAGAGGAAGCGUUUGGGGGUGUCUGGCAUUACCUCCUAUGAUUACCACCGACCCAGUGGCCUCUUCCUGUUCCAGGCCAACAGCAGUCUGUACUACUGCCGUGAUGGUGGAAACAACAGCUUCAUUACUUCUCCUAUGGAGCCUGUCGAGAUUAAGAGCCAGAGUUCAGGGACACGCAUGGACCCCAAGAUUUGUCCCGGGGACCCCAACUUUAUUGGCUUCAUCAACAACAACGACAUUUGGGUGACCAGCAUUGAGACGGGUGAAGAGAGGAGGCUCACCUUCUGCCAUAAAGGUGUUGAUAACCCAAAAGAGGACCCCAAAUCUGCCGGUAUAGCCACGUUUGUCACACAGGAAGAGUUCGACCGCUUCACCGGUUACUGGUGGUCACCAGCUGCUUGUGACGAAUCAGAUGGUAGUAGGACUCUGCAGAUUCUGUACGAGGAGGUGGACGAGUCCGAGGUUGAGAUCAUUCAUGUUCCAUCUCCAGCUUUGGAGGAGCGUAAGACGGAUGUCUACAGAUACCCACGCGCAGGCAGCAAGAAUCCCGAUAUUACUCUCAAAAUAGCAGAAAUCAGGACAGACAAUCUUGGCAAAAUUAUCAGCACUCAGGAAAAGGUGUUGCCAUUUCCUUUCACCAGCCUGUUCCCUGGUGCUGAAUAUAUCACCAGAGCCGGAUGGACGAAAGACGGCAGAUAG